CUCUGGGACACCACACCACUGCACGCUGCUGUUGGCAGAGGGGAGCGUCUCCACAUGGCCAGACUCUGGAAACCACAACUAAGCCUGCAUUUUGUGAGACGUGAUCCGUCGGGCUGAUAAGGCAACAAAACCUCUGAGAUUUUUCCAGCUGCAGGGAUAAGAGAGCAGCAUCGAACAGUAGCUCCACCAUGGUGCAUGGACAGAUCUUUGACCAGCACAGCUCUGACAACUGCUUCAUUAACAUCAACGUCGGAGGUUUCAAACAACGAAUGGAGCACACGGUUCUGCAGCGCUUCCCACAGACGCGACUGGGACGUCUCCUGUGCUGCAGCUCCAAAGAGGCCAUCCUGGAGCUCUGCGACGACUUCAGUCCCUCUGAAAUGGAGUACUACUUUGAUCGCAGUCCUCGUUUUUUCUGCUACGUUCUUCACUUCUACUUCACAGGUAAAAUUCACCUGGUGGACGGGUUGUGUGUCAUGUCAUUUUGCCAAGAGAUUGAGUAUUGGGGCAUUAAGGAGCGUCAUCUGGACUUCUGCUGCAGCAACAAAUUCCAUGAACUGAUGCAGUGUGCUGAGGAUAAGCGCUGGGAUCAGCAGAGCGAUGAAGUGCAGCUCGACAGCUUGAGCACUUCCAUCGAGGACGUGUCAGUGAUGGAGGAGAGCAUAGAAAUGUUUGAAGGCACCUGGUGUGCAGACGUCCGCAAGCAAAUCUGGAUCCGCCUUGAGAACCCAGGUCACUCCACAUCCGCCAAAGCGAUGGCCAUAACCUCACUCAGUGUGGUUUUGAUCUCCAUCGCAGCCAUGUGCGUCCACAGCAUGCCAGACUUCCAUAAGGUGGACGUCAAUGACAAAGACGUGGAGAGCCCGGUGCUGACUUUCUUUGAGAACCUCUGCGUCCUGUUCUUCACCGCGGAGUUCAUUCUUCGCUUGGCUGUUGCACCGUCUGCAAGGAGGUUCUUGUGCAGGCCUCUCAAUAUUAUUGACCUCAUGUCCGUCAUGCCUUUCUACGUCACUGUCGUCUGUGACAUACUGGAUGACGGUGAUAGCACAGAGCUGGAGAAGGUUGGCAAAGUGGUGCAGAUCUUGAGGUUGAUGCGAGUGUUCCGCAUCCUAAAACUGGCUCGCCACUCAACUGGCCUUCGCUCUCUUGGGGCCACACUGCGACACAGCUCCAGUGAAGUUGGGCAGCUGGUGCUUUUUUUGUCUGUGGGCAUUUCCGUGUUCUCUACUCUCAUUUACUUUGUCGAGAGAGAGUCUGAAGAGUCGGAGCUGCAGACGGUCCCUAUCUGCUGGUGGUGGGCCACCAUCAGCAUGACCACAGUGGGCUACGGAGACACCUUCCCCGUCACGCUCGCUGGGAGAGUGAUAGGAGCACUGUGCAUCAUCUGCGGCCUGCUGAUCGUAGCUCUGCCCAUUACUAAUAUUUUCAACAAGUUCUCCAAGUUCUACCAGAAGCAAAAGCAAAGUGACAAAUGAAAAAGUGCUCCAAAGAGCCAUAAAAUCACUCUUAAAGGGAUAGUUUUGGGUUUUUUUUUGAAGCAUGAUUGUAUAAGGUUUCCAUACGUAGUCAACACCUUAUACUUUUGUUUCCGUCAUGGUACGGUUGGGAAUAGUAGCUUUACCGCGUAGCAUGACGUUGUACCGGUGCGACGACAAUGAACACGAUACAACAGACAAUAACCCUAACCCUGUUGUCCUGGAUGACAUCCCGCUCGAUGUGUGGCUGUCUCAGUAAGACAUCAAGCUUUGUAUGAGAAUAGACUGCGGGCAUUUGCCUCGACUUCCAUGGAGUAUUUAAACCGAUCGCGAGGGAGUGACGUUUUUUCUGUCGUGGUUGGUGCAGGUCUAACAUACUGUACUAUUUCACUCUGGUACAUCAAGGGAAGGGGACCAAAGAAUGGAACGGUUGGGGUCAGUUAUAGCAAAAAAUACGUACCGUACUGGACUGAAUCAAACUGUCAGACUCGGUGGAAACAUGGCUUUGAGUAUAUCCCUGUGCUGAGAAGCACCUGAGCAGACACAAACUCAGAGCUGCAUGUGGUGAUACGAGGAAACACAGAUUUUAGCCGCUUAGCAAAGAAUGAAUGAAACCUUAUGAAAUCUACGUCAGCUUACACCUAUGAUAUGUAAAAGUGUCUGUUACUCUACUUAUUGUCUAACCAAUGAUUCUGCACUUUGACUUAAUUGAAGACUAGAUUCUUUCGCCAAAGUUUACACGGUAAAAUGACAUACAUAAUUCACACAAAACAUGAUGUGGGCAGAAAAGCAACACGGUCAUUGUCGUGUUUAAAAUAAGUUUUAAAAACUUCAUAGUUAUGACGUGCUGUUCUGGAGUCACGCUUGUCCUUGUCCUGCACAAUGUUGUCAGUAUUCCUGCCACGGUGGCGCAGUCCUCAUGAGCUAUUGAUCCAUGACAACCUGCUCUUGCACGUCUUUGCUGUG